ACAGAGUUUAAUCAUGAGUUUAGCAGCCUCAGGAUCGUUCCGUACACGUUCUGCUCAUGAUUUGUGACAGAACUGCAAUUUUACUUUGCAUGCUUUUUUUAAUCGUUCAAAUGUAGACAAACGGUGGAGUUUAAGAACAGUUGAAGAUGGAUUAACAGAAGAAUCGAGUGAGAACAUGAGAGAUGUGUUGAGGAAUAACAGAAAUACACUGCCAGAAUAAACCAGCAGCAUGAUGAAACUGCUGGCCUGCAUCAGUGUGAUCGGCUUCAGGUUGAUGGUCUGUGUUCACAGUGAGUUUAUCGAGCCGUCUCCGUCUCUGGCCCUGCGCUCAUUCUCCAGCACGCAGACCCGGAUGCCCUGUCGCUUUAUGGUGGAGGCCGAUGAACAAGUGGUGCAAGUGACCUGGUCCAGACAGAAACCUGGAGGAGAACGAGAACAGAUUAUCGUGGGACACUUUACUGAAGGACCUAUAGUGUCUCCUGAUUUUCUGAGUCUCGUUCAGUUCGAGAGCUCCGACCCGACCGUCGACUCCACGCUGCUGAUUCUGAACACAAAGAAGGCCGAUCAGGCCACAUACACCUGCCACAUCUCCAUCUUUCCCUCUGGAAGCUUCCAGAGACAAAUCAGCCUGACCGUCUGGAGGGUGCUCCGAUUGAUCGGCUGUGCUGCAGUUCCUCCUGAUGCAGUGAUCGCUGAUUCUGGCUCCUGGAGAGUAGGACACUCCGGAUCAGAGCUCAGAUGUGUGGUUAAAGGAAACCCGCUGCCGCAAAACGUCACAUGGAGCAGGAAGGACGACCGUCUGCCAGCAGGAGUGUUGGUGAAGGAGGACAGACUGAUGUUCGUCAGGCCUCUGAACGUGACGGAUGAAGGCGUGUACGUCUGCCAGACAGCAAACAGCGCGGGAAUCGCUAAAGCAGAGUUUAAAGUGGAGAUCGGAAGUAGGUGUUUAAUCUACUGGAAGGACGACCGUCUGCCAGCAGGAGUGUUGGUGAAGGAGGACAGACUGAUGUUCGUCAGGCCUCUGAACGUGACGGAUGAAGGCGUGUACGUCUGCCAGACAGCAAACAGCGCGGGAAUCGCUAAAGCAGAGUUUAAAGUGGAGAUCGGAAAACGUUGGCCUGAAUCCGCUCGCGCUCUCGGAAGCCCGUCAGAGACUCUCCUCAUCAUCAUAGGAGCGUCUGUCGCCGGGGUUUUGGUCAUCGUCAUCGUGAUCGCCAUCAUUUUAAUUAACUGUCACCUUAGACGCAAGAACAGGAAACUUAAACGAGCGCUCAGCACCAGAACGGAGGAGAUGAUCAGUCUGUCGCGACAGGUGUCCAUGAGGAGACUCGACUCCUUCAACGGUGAUCUCAGGACAGCGCUGGAGGAGAUUGCACUGAUUCAGAUGGACAGUGUGACGAAGGGCAGUGUUUUAUCUGUGGAGGAUCGUUCAACACUGAGCGACGUGAAAGGCAGACAUGGAGACAGAGAGUAUGACAGUCUGGGACGUCCCGCCAUAUACACGGCGUACCGGCCGGCGCGAUCCAGCAGAAACAUAAGAGAGAUCGAGGAGGAGAGAAAUGAGCGCAGACGGAGAGUCGAGUCCUAUGUCAAAUCCAGCAGCAUGUCACUGGUGCUCCUUUUGUGUCGGUUGCCAUGA